AUGUGGUAUGAAGAAUACCGACCAGAAGUCAAACAGGAAUCGGUUGAGAAUCUAAGCCCAAGUCCAAGCGCCCAAGAAGAAGACCAACCAGAAGUCAGACAGGAAUCGAUUGAGAAUCCAAGCCCAAGUCCAAGUGUCCAAGAAGCAAGUGAGGACCGAGUACGAACGGUUCGGUUCCCCGGAUAUGAAGACCUGAUCGAAGUUGUGCUAGACAGUGGAGCAGACUGCCAUGUCUUGCCGUUAAGCUAUUAUAGCGAAGACCUCGGAGAAGUGGAACUUCCAGCACUGAAGAUGGUCAUCACGGAUGCACAAGGAAAUGCAAUCAGAACGACCGAAGCAAGAACCAACAUAACGUUCGAAUUCCAAAGAUCCGAUGGAAGAGUGAUUAAGGUCAAGAACACCGCCGUGUUUGGUCAAGUGACUCAACCACUGUUCGCAGUGGGGAAAUUGUACAAAGUCGGAUGGGGCAUCGAACCCCAGGAUGCAUACAGUGCUUUCCUGACGAAGCUAGUGAAGCGGAAGAAUGGAACGUCGGUAUCGUAUGUCCCGAUAAGGAUCUACCGAGCGGCAAUGGAGAAUGGACAAGACGAGGUACCGAUUUCAAUCAGGAAACUCACCCUGACGAAGGAACUGAAGGAUGACAUAAAAAAUGGCAAGUACGAAGAAGGUUGGUUUUAUCUCACCGACGGACGACCAGUGAGAAUUGACUGGGACGUGAACACUACGUACAGCCUUGGAAGAGAUGAAGGAAAAUCGUUCAAGUACAGAACAACGCUAAGGACCAGAUAUGAAGAAGAGCAGAUAAUCUGGGAAGAAAUGGAAUUUUAUGAGUGUGUCAAGGAGUGA